AUGAGAAAAAAGGAAUCAGUCCAAGCUGUGGUGUCCGGAAACGACGUCCAGGAGCUCACCGCCGAGAUACGCAGAUUGACUAACGAGCUGUCCUCUGUCAAACAACGGCUUGAAGAUGCCACACAGUCACUCCAAGCUUGUCAUGAGCGUCUGGAGUCGCUCGAGUGUAAGGUAACAUCUAACGAAAACCUCAUUAAGCAGUUGAAAGAUACACAUAUGCGUGAGGCCAUAUCACCGGAGGAUAAGUUACUGAUAACGUUAAGAUUUUUAGCUACAGGAGAUUCCUAUACUAGCUUGCAAUACAUGUUCAAAGUAUCUAAACAAAGUAUAAGCCGUUUUGUUCCGGUAGUGUGUGAAGCUAUUAUACAGGCACUCAAAGAUUACAUUAAGUUACCAUCGUCUAUCGAAGAAUGGCAAGAGAUUGCAAGAGGUUAUGAAAGUCGAUGGCAUUUUCCUAAUUGUGGAGGUGCUAUUGAUGGUAAGCACAUCAGAAUUCGAAAACCAGCAAACAGUGGAUCUUACUAUUAUAACUACAAACAUUAUUUUAGUAUUGUGUUGAUGGCAAUUGUAAAUGCAGAUUACGAAUUUCUAUAUGUUGAUAUCGGCUGUAAUGGAAGAGUAUCAGAUGGAGGCGUUAUUGAAUAUACUAGUUUUUAUAACAAGUUGCAAAACGAGCAAUUGAAUUUACCACCUAACAAUAUGAAUAAAAACAAUAUGAACUUUGUAUUUGUAGCCGAUGAUGCUUUUGCAUUACAUGAAAAUGUUAUUAAACCCUACCCACAAAGAAAUUUAACUCGUGAAGAGCGCAUUUUUAACUACCGCUUGUGUAGAGCUCGACGCACAGUAGAAAAUGCUUUUGGCAUAUUAUCUAGCCGAUUUAGAGUUUUACAUACAGAAAUCAAUAUGAAACCAGAAAAAAUUGAUUACAUAGUUUUAGCUUUAUGUUGCCUGCACAAUUUGUUAAAGAAAAAAGAAAGAGCCGGUUACCUACCUACUCAAGCACUGGUUACUGAAGAUUUAGAUUUUGGUAGGGUUGUACAUGGAGAUUUAAGCGAAGUUAAUCCCCUGACCAGUUUACAACAGGGACACAGCAGAAAUCUGACGAUCCUGACUUUUGGUUCUUGA